CACGUAUGCAUCCUACAUUUCCAAGUGUCCUUUUCCCCUUCUUUCUUCCUUCAUGUUGCCUCUCUCUCAUAGGUCACUCUUCAUCAACACUAUACUCUCUCUUCCAAUCUUCCUCCUCUUUAUAACAACCUUCACUACCUAAAAUCAUCCCAUCCAACAUCCAACAACAUUUUAAGGUAACCAUGAUCAAAACAUUAACUCCUUACCCAAAUCCAGCUAAAACAGCUGAGAUCAUGUCCAGGUAUAGACCCAUAGCACCAAAGCCUGAGACAUGUUCGAGUAACAAUUCAAUCAGUGAUGGAUCUUCUUCAUCUAACUCACUUUCUCAUAAACUCAAACAAUCUCCUUAUCUUAGGAAUCUCUGGCCACAGUUACAAGCAAGACCCACAAGGACAAGAAAACGAGGUAGAGCUCCUAUUUCACUACCUUCUUCUUUGAAGAGACAAAAAACACAUGUCUUAGGUUUUUGUCAACCUUUGCAUGUAACAUCUCCAAUAAAAAACCUUUCUUUACAAGCUGCUACUUUUGUUCCUCCAUCUUCACUUCCUCAACUUUCUCUUCCAAAUCAUGGAAUUGGAGUUCUCAAUUCCAAUCAUUUGGACAAAAAUCUUAAUUUGGUCACACUACCUCUUCUUCCUUGUUCUCCUAAUUCACCACCUCAUCAUAAUAAUGCAUCAAAAUUUGAAUUAGAGGUGAUAGAUUUGAACAAAACCAAAGGUGAAAUUCCAAAAGAGAUAGACCUCUUGCAACAGCUCCAAAAACCAGCUUCUACCUCCUCCAACAAUGUCAUCAAUGUUAUCGCGCCGCAACCGAUUCGACCUAUAGGUUCAUGCAUUAGUGUUGGUUGCAUUAAUGAAGUUUCAACUACUAUACCAUGUUUGACUCAACAAACACCUAAGAAAUCAGAGGAAUUGGAACAAGAGAUUGAGUCAGACGUAUUGCCAGCUGUGAUAUCAGACUCAAACAACAGGGUUAGGAUGGUGAAUUCGGCUUACAAAGAAAUGGUGGGUCAACCAGAAUGUGCAUGGCUAGAAGUUCAAUGUGGUUCAUCAUCCUCAUGCAAGAGGAUUAGUGGUGAGGUAACAUUGCAAAUUUGUGAUUCUUCAAUUAUACCAAUUUCUUCAAAUGGGUUUUCUUGUUGGGCGAGGAUUGAAUGGGAAAAUAAUGGAAAGAAGAAAAAUUGUGUGAAUGCUUUUUGUGAUGUUGUGAAGUUAUGUUGUGAUCAAUCAAGGGACUAUGCUUUCACGUGGAGGUUUCAUACUCGUUCUAGGGAAGCUUCUCAAUCCAGUUGUAAUGCUUGAAAAUUGAAACUUUGCACAUAGUUUCUUUGGAGUGUAAUCUAUGGCAUGAGUAAUUAAUGUCUUGUUUGUUAGCUAGCUCUAGAUAUACUAUAGAUGUGUAUAUAGUAAUAGUAUAUAGUACAUAGCUUUUUUAAUUAAGUUUCUUUCUUUUACUUUCAUGUGUACAACAAGACCUUGUGCAAUAAUUGCAAUAAUUAUGUAUAUGUAUGAAGGUGAAGCUAUUUAGCUACUACAUAAUUAGUUAAAAUUUCUUACUUUAUUCAA